AUGAGAGUUCCCAACUCUACCACCACCUUUUGCUCUAUCUGUGCCAACGACGGUAUUGAUGACAUUCCCGCAGAAUUUCAUUGCGAAACUUGUCAUCAAUUUCUCUGCAUUGGAGAUGCUGGUAGUCAUUCCAAGAAAAAUCCACAACAUGUUGUGAAGAAAUUAACCACGAACAUGAAUGUCAACGCGUCCAAUGUACCAUCCGUUUCAUCUCUUUCUGUAUCGUUUUGUCAAUUACAUCAAUGUCCGAUCAACACAUUUUGUAAAACUUGUCGUCAAAUAAUUUGUUCAGGUUGUGCACUCAGUUUUCCACACCAAUCGCAUUCGUGUGUCUUGUUGAGUGACAUUGAUCAAGAAAUGAGACAAGAAGUGAAGAAGGAUGUUCAAAAACUGCAUGAAAUGAAAACGAAAUGGGAAUUGAAAUGUCACACUGAUUAUUCAAGUUUGGAUCAAGAAAUUGUUGAAAUUGAAAAACAGAAACAGUUACUGAAAAAAGAAAUGGACACUGUAUUCGAUGAGUUACAUCAAUUAUUGAAAAAGAGACAUGAUAUAUUGAAUGAAGAAUUGGAUCAAUUAUGUUGUGAAAGAAUUUGUGUCAUUUCAAAAAUUAAAGAAUUGAAACAACAAGUAGACAAGUCAAUGAAAGAAUUUGACCAUUUGGAUUCCAUGACAACAUUAGAAGUGGUGAGCAACAAGAUUAAUUCUCUUGAAGUAGUUCUGAAAGAUUUCAAGCGCAUGGUUUCAGAAUUUAAAUUUGGAUCUGUUCAAGAAUUACAUGAAAUGAAAUGGAAGAAGGAUGAGAAGGAAUUGAAUGAAUUGAAACAACAAAUUGACAAAUAUGGAACUCUUGACUCAUCUAUGGGUGGGUUAUCACUUGCAUUACAAGUUGUACAACUUUCGAAUGAAUGGUUAUACGAUGAAUCCAAUAUAACAAUUUCUACUCAAGACACUGUGGUAAAGAUUAUCAAAAAAAGAGGGACGAACCAUCAUUUUGUUUUUAAUAAUACCAUGAUGGAAAGAGGAAUAUUUCAAUGGAAAGUGAAAAUUGAAAACAGAGCUCAUUGGAUUGGUGUUGGAGUGUCGUCUCAAGAACUUGUAGAAUCUAGAGAUUUUCGAGCUUUUUCCAAACUAUUGUCACAAAUCCUUCUUCCUGAGCUACAAUGGAUGUACUUGGAGAAUGGAUUUGAAUGA